AUGGCCGAUCUCCCUGAUCGUGAGCUCUAUCUUCCCGCAAAGUACAGCCACCUGACACCACACGAAUACCUCAAGACUCUCAUUGCAUUCGUCAAGCAGUACGACUACCUGAUCAACCUCCACAUUGUCAACUUCAUUACCACAGACCAAUGGCAACUUCUGGAUCCCGAGUGGCGAGCUGCUUUACUACCAGCCGAUGUCAACAAUGAAGAUGAUUGGAUUCAACAGCUUAUCAAUAUCACAUCAGGGAAUACCGAGAAUGAUACAUGGCCUGCUUCAUUGAAGGAAUACGUUCAGCAUACCCGGGACAUGGCAUUACCACGAGGAUUCCUUUCAGACUAUGAUGUUGACGUAUGUCAAUUGGAGCAAGACUAUCAGCGUGGAAUGAAUGAUAAAAAGAUUCAUGAGAUUGGGUUCAUGAGCACAUUGAUUGAUCGUGUGGCUACUCGAAGGAAUAUUGAUUCGGUGAUGGAUCUUGGUGCAGGACAAGGAUACCUUGCGCGUGCGAUUGCUUGGAAGUAUGGUCUACGUGUAUUGGCUGUUGAUGGCUCUGAAGUCCAAACAUGUGGCGCCAAACGCAUUGAUCAAAACAUCCUCAAACGAACUUGCAAGCAAAAUGGUGAGGUCCACCACGUGACUGAAAUGGUGACACCCGAGAACAUAUCCAGCAUUCUUUCCAAUUGGCAAACCAGCAACGAUCAACAAAGCGAGACAAAGGAGCCAUGGUUAUUAUGUGGAUUACAUGCUUGUGGCGAUCUUUCAAGCCUGAUGUUGCGGUUAUUUGCCGAGAGCGAUGAAAUGGGUAGCCUGGUGAAUGUGGGAUGUUGUCAUCAUUUCCUUACACAAGAAGAAGGAUUCCCAAUGUCAGCGUUUGUCAACAAAGAACUUGGAUACCAGCAAACAUCGACAGCUCACAUGUUGGCUUGUCAAACACCAUCAAGAUGGACCGAUCGUGCUGAAGAAACUCUAAAGUCAUUUGAACAUCACUUUUUUCGGGCACUGUUACAGCAUAUCAUGGUAGAAAAGGGGCUUACACCUGUGGAUAAGGCACCAAUCGUGGGUCGACUCAACAAGAAAAAGGACUUUGUAUCAUUCCCGGUUUAUGUGUGUGCCGCCUUGAAAAGAUUUGGGUUGCCCGAGGAUACCAUUUCAGCGCAAGAAGCCGAGGCUUAUUACGAAAAGUACAAGCAUCACAAACAAAUAGAUAAGCAGAUUGCCGUACUAUGGACUAUUCGAGUAUUACUGGCACCCGUUUUGGAAAGCAUUAUUCUGCUGGAUAGGUGGUUGUAUCUCAAAGAGUCACUUUUGCAGUAUCCGGAUACAAAAACCAAGGGCGUGUGGAUGUGGCCAUUGUUCGAUCCCAUCAUUUCACCUAGAAACACUGUAAUCGUAGCUUCCAAAUAA